UAUUAGCAGGAGAAGUCACUCAUGUUUUCCUAAAAACUUUGAAAUUCGCAUCUAAAGGAGUUUAAAAACGGGAAUCAUAAUAUGAAAGAGGUAGAUUUUGAGGGAAAUGAGAGAAACUGGGAUGCAAAAUGGGGAGGCAUGUUUAUCUUGCUAUGAUUUCAGCUUAAACAGCUACUAUUUUUCAUAUUCUGUAAUUGCUUUCGGUGGUUCUCGCAAUCCUUCUUGAACCCAAAAUUCAUGCUUGCUUCGCUACUUAGCCUUUGUCUUUAUUUCAGUCACACCUUACCAUAUUUAGAGUUGCUGUUGAAGCUAUUGAAGAUGUCUUAAAGCGGAUUUGGACCUGGAAAGUGACAUAAGAUUCUUCCUUGUUUCAGUAUUUUUGGGCAAAAUCAUAUUUUCUGCAUCUCAUUAUGGUUAUUGAGCUAGCCUACGGGCAAAGUUUGUAACUUGGUAUGCAUUUGAUGGGCUGUUCAAAUGCAUGUUUCAUUUACUCUUCAUUGCAUUGGGGUUAAUCCCAAUCAAGGCAAUUUAAAUGGAGAGAAACCUGAACAAUAUUGCAAUGGAACAUUCAGAUAUACAUAAACAAUUUCAAUAUAGUUCCAGGGAAUCUGGACAUGAGGGAUUCCCACCUGCAUCACAAGCAUUUAUGCUAGACCCUAGAAGCAGCAGAAAUAAUAAUAUGGGACUUCCUGACCAAAAUAUAUCAGAGGUUAAACCUGUACUUAAUUAUUCCAUACAAACAGGUGAGGAGUUUGCUUUUGAAUUUAUGCGUGACAGAGUUAAUCAUAAGAAGCCUCUCAUACCAAAUGCUGUGGGAGAUCCAAAUUAUGCAACGGGAUAUAUGGAACUAAAAGGCGUGUUAGGCAUUAGUCAUACAGGGUCUGAAAGUGAGUCAGAUAUAUCAAUGCUCACAAUGGCAGAGAAAGGUCCAAAAGAAUUUGAAAGAACAAGCUCAGCUUUGCGUGAUGAGAGAAGCAACUAUGGGUCAGUUCAGUCAGUACCACGAACUUCAUCGGGUUAUGGAAGUCGAGGAGCUAUGCAUGGUUAUAAUUCCUCAGGAGCCUCUGACAGCUUAUCUGGAAAGAUGAAAGUUCUCUGCAGCUUUGGUGGGAAAAUCUUACCUCGUCCUAGUGAUGGAAGGCUCAGGUAUGUUGGAGGUGACACACGCAUUAUACGUAUAACUAGGGACAUAUCAUGGCUGGAGCUUAAGCAGAAAAUUUUAUCAAUUUAUGAUCAAGCACAUGUGAUAAAAUAUCAACUUCCUGGAGAGGAUCUUGAUGCCUUGGUUUCUGUUUCAUCUGAGGAGGAUCUGCUUAAUAUGAUGGAGGAAUGGAAUGAAGUUGAAGAUAGAGAAGGAUCACGAAAGCUUAGGAUGUUCUUAUUCUCCAUGAGUGAUUUAGAUGAUGUUCAGUUUGGCUUGGGUAGUGUGGAAGGUGAUUCUGAGAUUCAGUAUGUAGUUGCUGUUAAUGGCAUGGACGUGGGAUCCAGAAAAAACUCAAUCCUGCAUGGUUUGCCCAGCUCUUCAGCAAAUAAUUUAGAUGAGUUAGAUAGACUAAAUAUUGACAGGGAGACGAGUAGAGUUGCAACUGGCUCUGUUGGGUUCAGUACUUCGCCAUUGACCGCACAGCAAAUUGAUCAAAGUUUCUCCAAUGCCUAUGAAACCCACCCGCCGUUUUAUCAUGGCCAGUUGAUGGAUCACAGAGAAACUCAGCAGUCCCUGCUGCACAAUCGUCGCAAUUCUUCCAGUUAUGCUCCUCCUGAAGAAACUCCUCAUUCAGUGCCCCUUCAUGGGGUUAUUAAUCAACUAGGAGGUUUUAAUGAAGAACGUCCAGGUAAUUCACAGAUAUUGGUGAAGGAGGAGAAGCCAAAGCCUGAUGGUUCAGUUCAGCAAGAGAGUGAACCUGAAAAAACUCGUCCUAUAGAAAAAGUUUACCCUGUUCCAGUUGAAGAAGCAUCCUCUGGAGUUCCACCUCAUGGACAUAUUCAUUCUCUGCCCCCCAAAAACGAGGGAAGGUACCAGGAACCUGACAAGGUCUCUUCUUCUGUUGAUGCUGUGAAUUCACUCCAGGUUCGCAAGUCUAGUGAAGCUGCUCAAAGUUCCCCAUCUGAUGGUACAUUUGACCCGGUAUAUGAUGAUUCUGCUUCCAAUUUGAUUGACUUAAGUUACCUUGAACCAUCAGUGCCCCCUCAGAGAGUUUAUUAUUCAGAAAGGAUACCACGGGAGCAAGCAGAGUUGCUAAAUAGGUUAUCAAAGUCUGAUGACUCUCUUGGUUCUCAGUUGCUUACUUCCAUUGCAGAAUCUGUUGAAAAGUUGCAUCACAGUGAGCUUGCUCCACAUUCGGAGCAUUCCACAUCAACUUCAAGACCAUCAUAUGCAGGCACUCAAACCAUCACGGAGUUUGCUGAUGCAGUGCCUCAGAUGAAUAAAAAUGUUUCUGAUUCUGAAGAUGUGCUUGACAAGAAUGGUGCUCUUAAGGCUAACUAUGAUAAAGAUUACACCACAAGCAAGAAUAAGAAACGCCUUGAGGAAAUGGGAGAAGCUGGAUCUGGAUAUCUUGCUGUGCGCCAGGUAACUGCUGCCGUGCCUCAUAAGGAUCCUGCAUCUAAUCUUUCAGAGCCUAAACGAGUUGAGACCACUGGCAAAGAUUUUGCUAGUAAUAACAAUCUUGAAUAUUCUCGGCCAUCUUUGGGGACAGACAGCUCAACUAAAGAUGUUGCCAAAGGGAUUGCCCCUGUUGGUGUUCCAGCUGCAAAGCAGGCAGACAUCAGUAUAGAUAUUAAUGACAGAUUCCCUCGUGAUUUCCUUUCCGAAAUAUUCACCAGGGGAAUGCCUGCUGACAAUUCAUCUGGUGUUAAACCAAUUCACAAAGAUGGAUCUGGGGUGAGUGUGAACAUGGAAAAUCAUGAGCCCAAGCACUGGUCAUAUUUUCAGAAGUUGGCACAGGAAGGUUUUGUUCAAAAAGAUGCUUCUCUUGCCAACCAGGAUCGUCUUGGUACUCUAUCUUCCAUUUCAAAAGCUGAAGAAGGAGAUCAGAAAUCUAAUCAUCAUACACCUUUGACAACUGAUGGAAUGUCAAUAGACCAUCAGUAUUCCCAAAUCAUUUUUGGUGAAGACAUAAAGGAAGAUUUACCAGGAACAGCAGGAGCUGACUCUCCUUUGCUUUCAGAUUUUCUUCAUUCUAUAGUGAAAAACAGUGAAAGUGUGCAAUUUGAUGCUAUGAUGGAGAACCUAAAGUCACCAGAUUCAUGCUACAAGGAUGCAGGGUUGGAAGCUAGGACUGGUGGCCUACCUCCUUUUGAUCCAUCUCUGGUAGAUUUUGACAUCAAUACCUUUCAGCAGGUCAUUAAAAAUGAAGAUCUUGAAGAGCUGAGAGAACUGGGUUCUGGUACUUUUGGGACUGUGUACUAUGGAAAAUGGAGGGGAUCAGAUGUUGCCAUCAAGAGGCUAAAGAAGAUAUGCUUCACUGGUCGCUCAUCAGAAGAAGAGAGAUUGACAUUAGAGUUUUGGAAGGAAGCUGAAAUCCUUUCUAAGCUUCAUCAUCCAAAUGUGGUAGCAUUUUAUGGUGUGGUGCAAGAUGGUCCUGGAGGGGCUUUGGCUACUGUGACCGAAUACAUGGUUGAUGGUUCUCUUAGGCAUGUUUUACUUAAGAAGGACAGGUAUCUAGAUCGUCGAAAGCGGCUACUAAUAGCUAUGGAUGCUGCAUUUGGAAUGGAAUAUUUGCACUCAAAGAAUAUUGUGCAUUUUGAUUUGAAAUGUGAUAACUUGCUUGUGAACUUGAAAGAUCCCCAGCGGCCAAUCUGCAAGGUUGGUGAUUUUGGCCUGUCAAAAAUAAAACGAAAUACCUUGGUUUCUGGAGGUGUGCGGGGAACUCUACCAUGGAUGGCACCAGAACUGCUAAAUGGCAACAGCAAUAAGGUCUCAGAAAAGGUAGACGUUUUCUCAUUUGGAAUUGUCUUGUGGGAGAUCCUCACCGGUGAGGAGCCAUAUGCCAACAUGCACUAUGGCGCUAUCAUAGGAGGAAUUGUAAAUAACACAUUGAGGCCGAGCAUUCCAAGCUUCUGUGAUCCUGAAUGGAAAAGACUGAUGGAGCAGUGUUGGGCCCCUAAUCCUGCAGUCAGGCCAUCCUUCACUGAAAUUGCUGGUCGAUUGCGAGUAAUGUCAACAGCUGCUGGCCAAACUAAAGGACACAGCAACAAAACAUCAAAGUAAAUGUGAUGCAACACUGCCAGUCCAUUGUGUUUGGAUUGCUUAUGUUUAAGAAGGAAUUAUAGAACUGAAUUAUUUUUGUGUCAUUAUGCUAGAUCUAUUGUUUUCAAUUGUAAUGGCGUUUUGUUAUUGAAGAAAUUCAAAACCAUUUUGGGUGUUUUGUUUCC